CGUAGUUGCCAUGUAACAACUUGAUCAAAGUAAAAUUGCAUAACUCGGCGUACAUUUUUUUAUUGUCCCAUUUUCAACAGCUCGAAAUCGUGAAAAAUAACCUGAAACAAUGGCUGGUGAAGGCGAGAAACUGACCGGCAUGUCGAAAAUAUUCAAUGGCUCGACCAUGAGCGGCCGCGCCAAUGUGGCCAAGGCUACAUAUGCUGUGAUGGGACUGGUGAUUGCCUACCAGGUGCUGAAGCCCAAGAAGAAGUAGAGGGUUGCCGUUGCCUUUUUUUCUUCUCGUACCAAGUGCUUCUGCAGCCCCAUCGGACCCAGGGACCGAAUGCUGUGAUCCGAACACCACAGAUCGGGCGCCGCAGGAUCGAGGCCAUGUAAUUUUAUGUGUAGUGCAAGACCUUGAAGGAAUAAAUAAGUUGAAAAUGUAACUCACUGAA